UCUGUAAGAGGCUACUUUCGCUUUUAGUUUUUUUUUUCUUUUCUUUAGGAGACGACGAGAUGAAGCCACACAGCGUCAAAGGAGAUAAGCCUCUCUGCAGGCAUCACCACCAAAGCUUUUGGCCUUCAAAACUGUAAGUGCUUUGACACUUACAAGUGUAACUCCAAGUGGCCGUUGAUUUCUACAAGAAUGUGAUGAAUGAGGCUGCGGUGGAUUUUUUUCCUCUUUGUCAAGAUAAAUGCAAUUUUCAUUCAAUAAUUUCUUCCAAAAAAAUACAAAUAUAUUUUUCCUUUUUUCUACUGUUUUUCCGGACUUGACAAAUAGAUGUUUAAAAUUGCCUACUCCCAGCUUUUAAAAUGACCCAAACUAUAACCUACAGCAUCUAUACAGGCUCAUACAGUGAAAUGGCGGAUAGAUUUUCUAUCAUGGUUCACAAUGUCAUCGCAGAUCUUAACAAUGAGGAGUGUAGGAUCCUCCGGUACCUUUGUACAGAUUUGUUCACCAACAGCUGUAUGGAAGAUUUGAGAGGAGCUUUGCUGGCCUUUGCCAAACAGAGACAGAACCAAGCGGGUCAAUCUCAGGCUGUUGAUGCCCUGCUGAUGGAGCUCAUGUUCCGAAUUAAGCGCUUUGAUGUCCUAAGGAAAGUUUUUGGCACCAACAGACAACAGGUAGAAAGAAUUCUGCAGGAGGGAAUGGCCCUCUCAGAUUACAGGGUUCUAAUGGCAGAUGUGAACGAAAACCUGGACAAGGAGGAGUUACAAUCUCUUAUCUUUCUCCUGAACAGUAUCCUACCCAAAGAAAGAAUGGCUAGAGCUACAAGCUUUCUAGAUGUGGUGGUGGAGUUGGAGAAGUUAGAUGAAGUAUCUUGUGAUAAGCUAGACCUGCUUGAACGGUGUUUGAGGAACCUUAAAAGAAUGGACCUUGUCAAAAGGAUUCAGGCCUACCAGAAAAGAGGUCAAAAUGUACAAUGUGCAGUCCCUAAAGUUCAGAAUUCCUUUAAGUUCACACCUGGGAAGUGUCAGUCUUCUGUUAAACCAGUGAGACGAUCACAAUGCUGUUCUCAAGAGUUAAAAAAUUUGAAGCUUUCGGUGCCAGAAACCGGGACACAACAACAACCGGCUUUUGUGAAGGAGUAUCAAAUAAAUCCUGAGCAGAGAGGCCUUUGUGUGAUUAUUGACUGUGUUGGCUUUGAUGGAAAGAUGUUGAAUCAGACAUUUGAGCGUCUGGGUUUCAGGGUCAUUUUCCAUUCUCUCCUGGGUCUGAAAGAAACCCAGAAGGUCUUGGAAGACAUGACUCGCAACAGGAGCAUUCAGAAGUUCAACCGCUUCGUCUGCUGCCUCAUUAGCAGGGGAACGGACACUCAUCUGUUGGCUACAGACUCGAACGGCCUGGGCAUCAGCCUGGAGGAUCUCAGGCAGCUUUUCAGCCCAAACCAGUGUCCUUCACUGGGUGGGAAACCCAAACUGUUCUUCACCCAGAUCUACAGGACAACAGAAGCCCCUCCGACACCCUCAAUGGAUGAUGAAUACCUUGAGACGGAUGGACCAAAAGGCCAGUAUUCGGGGAGGCAGUGUGCGGGCAAGAGGACUGUCCCAGUGUCAGCGGAUGUCCUUUGGAGCGUGUGCACAGCAGAGGCGAAACUACUGGAAGAUUCUGGCCACCAGUCGGUUUACCUGCAUGCAUUACACAUUGCCUUAUUGAGGGGGCAUGAGAGAAAGAGCCCUAUAUUGGACAUCAUGACGGAGGUGAACAGAAACGUGUUUAGUCACAAUCAGCAGAAUCCUGAGAAGACGUAUCAACUUCAACUCUCUCACACACUACGGGAAACUCUUUACUUGUAACACGUAAUGUUUGCUACACAACACAUUCUGUCCCUUUCUCGCACAGACACUCUACUUGUUUUAGAAUAGAAUUGUUAGUGCACACAA